AGGAGUAGGAGUAGGAUGAGCUGGUUGAUUUGAAAUGAGGGGAAAAGGUUUUGUAAUUAGGGAGACCCUGGAAGAGCAAAGGGAAAGAGUACCAGUUAAAGAGGUGGAGUCAUGUGAGGGCAUUUAUAGUGGGGUUUUGGUGUCUUUGUUUUCUAGUGCACAUGGGAGAGACUCCGUUCUGUGGGCAGUUGUGGAAAGCAAGAACCAUGUGAGUCCAUGUGCCAUUCUAAAUAAGUAGACCACUCCCAACAUUUUGCACACAAAUCUUUCUCUUCCUCUCUUCUUCUUUCUCUCUGCUUUUCCUUCAAUCUAUCUAUCUCUUAUUCUUCUUCUUAUUAUUACUUUUCUUUGCCUUUGCCCCUUUCUCCUACUACUCUCACCAACCAUCAUCAUCAUCCUCUUCUCUCUAAUCCCUUUUGCCACUUCAAUUCUUUCUCUUGCUCCAACCAUUCAGAUAAAUGGAAGGCCAAGUAGCUAAACGCAGACGUGUAUACUCUGUGGAACCAAACCAAAUAGUGCAAUCUAUAUUUACUAGGAAUUAUUUGAACCAUUUGGUUCCAGCGUUGGUGAAUAUAAAGGAGAACACCUCCGUAGAAGAUAGCAGCCAUUGUGAUAUUAACCGUGCUGUCAAGUAUGAGGUGGAUAUGGCAAUGGUGUUAUCAGCACAAGGUUUUGCAUGGAGUAACGGCCUCAAAGUCAAGCUUCGAAACGAUCGUGUUCCUGUCAAUGCAGCUAAAAGCUCUACGUUUCUUGAAAAUGCGACUGGUGAAGGUUCAUCAAGUGCUUGUGAAAAAAAUGAGGUUGUCCCAAUGGAAUUCUCUUCAAACCCUAGCUCGAAGCCUAAGUGCAAGGACGUGUCAGAAAUGAAAAGGGAUUUUGCGAGAGAUGGGGACAUCGACGAGCAGUGGAAGAGGCUGAGAAGGUUGAUACCUGGAGGAGAAGAGAUGUGUGAUGAACAAAUGACUAAAGAGCUUGAGAGUUACAUUAGCUGUUUGCAAAUGCAGGUGAACGCUCUUCAGUUUCUGCUGCCAGACGCGUUAAUCUAAUUUCUAUCUCCUGCAUUUCAACAAAUUUACCCAUAAACUAUCUUCAAUUCAACAUAUAUAUAUAUAUAAUUAAUUGUUCUAUAUUUCCUCCCGCUGUUGAUGUAAUUUGAAUAUGAUUAUUGCACAUAUAUAUUUUUUUCAAACACUUCAUUUUUUUAACACCUGGUGGGUUUGAAAAUAUUAUUUUUCCUUCCGAAAAGAAUGGGUAGAAAAAGGUUGAAAGAAAGUGGUGCAAUUAACAAAAGUUGUUUCCAAAGCAAUGAAGUUAUUCUCCUCUUGAUCUUC